CACAGAUGGGUCGAAAUUCAGGGAAGAAAUGGGAAUGUCCCAAGUGCUCAAAAACGCUCAAAACCAAGCAGUCCUUGAAAAAUCACGUCGUCUCGCACGAUCCCGAUGCGAGGAUGAAAUGCGAGAUUUGCGGAAAAAUUUCAAAAAACCCGGUCGCCCUGGCCGGCCACAUCGCGAGAAUUCAUAAAAACCGGGACCGUCGCAAUUGCCACAUUUGUCAUCGGCUAUUUUGUGACUCCCGCGCUUUACGGAUGCAUAUCGACGCCGUGCACGGAUCGGAGGAACGGCCCCGGUUCCCAUGUACAUUUUCCACCUGCGAGAAAACCUACCUGGACCGGCGUGAUGUUUCAAAGCAUGUGAAAACCGAACACGCUGAAAACCCGGUAAAAUUUCCGUGCACACUUUGCGCCAAAGAAUAUAAAUUCCGACCGCACCUCGAGCUUCACAUUUUGACUCAUACGACCGAGAAGCCUCACAAGUGUGCCACUUGUGAGAAAAGUUUUGCACGAUUGCAAGGCCUAAAAGUGCACAAGGCGACACAUUUGGAAAAUGCUGUUUUGAAGUGCAAACUUUGUCUGCACACAUUCCUCCGUGGUUUCGACUUACGAUCGCAUAUCCGCCUGGUUCACGAAAAUUAUGGUAAUUACGCCUGCGCACAUUGUGAGAAAAGGUUCUCGGCAUCGAAUAAUUUAAAACGCCACGUGGAAGCGGUCCAUGCUGCGAACAAGGCGGAGAAGAUUCAUUCCUGCGACAGAUGUGCGUACAGGAGCCAUUCGAAAGGGAAUUUAGCCAUGCACAAGCGACGGCAUGAUGCCUGGAAGCCAGAAUGUUACUUUUGUGGGGGGAAAUUCGUCUCUUUUCAAAACUUGGUGAUCCACUGCGCUAACAAACAUACCAUGGAGAGGAGAAACACUUUUCUAGACAGUUUGUUUGAGCCGCACAUUCCCAUCCUGAAGCCACACAAUUGUGCCACCUGUGGGAAAACGUUUGCAAACAGGCAAACCUUGAAACGUCACGAGGUGACACACUUGGAAAAAUCUGCACGAGAAGUUUUAAACUGUAACCUUUGUCCGAUGACUUUCUUGCAUAGGGAUGGCUUACAAGCGCAUAUUCGCGGUCGUCAUGAAAAUCAGAGGAAUUUUUGCUGCACAUUUUGUGGCAAAAGUUUCUCGAUAUUAAAUAGUUUGCAACGACACGUGGAUGCGAUACACCCCGUGAGCAAGGAGAAGAUUCAUUCCUGCGAUAAGUGCGAGUACAGAAGUCACUCAAAACACAAUUUAGCCAUGCACAUAAGACGGCAUAACGUCAAGAAGCAUGAAUGUUACUUUUGUGGAAAGAAAUUUGCCUCUUUUCAAGAUUUGGUGAGACACUGUGGUCGCAUUCAUAACUUGGAGAAGUAGUACUUUUUAUAAGGAUUUUUCCAAUAAUAAAUAUAUUCAAUUUAUAAAUUAUUCUUUUAUG